UUUGCCGGACGCCAAGCUGCAGCGCGCUUUUAUGUUAAUCAUCUGCUGGAAGGUGAUGCGCCGCUGUAGUCUGAAUGCUCCUCUGACGGUGGUGUGAUUUUUAUCUCCUCGUAGUUGGCCAUGGCGGUGGAGUUAGGUAACAGUGCCGUGGUGUUAAAAUACGGCACCGUACUGUCUUUCUUGAUGGUCCUGUUGGCGUACUGGCUGCGCCCGCCCGUCCAGGAUACGCUUGAUGGGAGGCUGGACACCGUGCUGUCCUCGCUGCUCCGAGCCGAGCGCAAAGCGGGCCGCAGUGACUUCGCAAGACCCAGAGUCGCUAUAGGUUUCGGGGGCUGUGUGGACAUCAUCGUGGACGGCGUGACGCUCCUGAACAAGAUUGGCCUGGAGCCCAGCAGCCAGCCUCUCCACCACGACUACAUCGAGGACGCCGAGCAGCUGGCACAGAGCUUUGCUUACUUCUUCCCUCCAGGCGCUGCGUCCGAGAGGUUCGUCAUGAACGAUACCCUCUUCAGUCAGCUGGUGGAGGCCUCCCGAGAGUUACCAGGAAACCGCUGGUCGCUGGGGGGCAACGCGGCCGUCAUGGCGGGCCGCAUGGCACUGGAGGGCUGCGAGGUGUUGCUUGGAGCCGACUUCAGCCCCGAGCUCACCGACGUGCUUCCGCAGCAGAUAACUGUGGUGGGCAAUGUGGUAGAGGAACCUGAUAUCCACCUCAUCCUGGAGUAUCCCUCUGGUGCCACUUGGGGGCAGUAUACCUCAAAAAGGGCCAACAGGUUCAUUGUCCACAGCGAUGACCACAACCCAUAUUUGGCUUCAAUUGAAGCUUUCGAACGCAAGCUGAAGGAUUUCCACCCUGACCUCUUAGUGGUUGGCGGCAUGCAGAUGAUGGACAACUUCCCCUUUCGGAAAGGUGAGCGUGAGGCCCUCCUGGACCGCCUGGCGCAGCUACUGGACUCUACCUCUCUGGGGACGGGCGUGCACUUCGAAAUGGCCAGCUUCGUGGACGAGGGCCUGCUGGCGGAGCUUCUGCGGCUGGUGCUGCCACGUGCCGACUCGCUGGGCAUGAACGAGCAGGAGCUGCCCAACCUGCUGAGCCUGCUGCGGGGCGGCAGCGUCACCCUGCUGUCGGACCCCAACCCACGCGUGGCCACCGUGCUCGACCAGAUGCGGGAGCUCUACCGGCUGGUGAAUCGGCGGCGCCGAGACUCCGGCGUCGGCCGGCCGCUCACGAGGGUGCACGUGCACACGCUGGCCUUCCAGGCCAUCAUCGUGACUCGCGGCUCCCAGUGGAAGAACACCAUGUCGGCCACGGCCAAGGCCUCGCUCACCGCCAACCGGCACGUGUGCGGCUCACCGGACAUCAACCUCAGCAAGGCCAAGCUCAUCCUGGACGAGUCCUUCUCCGUCAGUCGGAGGGAGGGCAGCCAGCGCAUCCCGCUUCUGGAGACGCGGCCCGUGUCCUGCUGGCAUGAGGACGACUAUGAAGUGUGCGUGGCCCCCGUGCUGGUGUGCACCGAGGUGUACCAGACCGCGGGGGGAGGGGACAACAUCUCUGCUGCAGGCCUGGUGCUGCAGAUAUGACCACAACUGUGAUGACUUCAGGGCUCGUACAGAAGUGAGGCAUCCCGUAGGGCUAAGUUAUGUAUGCUACUGAAGAUGGGAUUUAAUGUGCUUUUGUUCGCCAGCUGUCAUUUCUGUUGUUCCCGGAGGAAUGUGUAUAUUUUGAUUUUUUUUUUUCUUUUCUUGGGGGGUGUUCCAUGAAGCAAGGUUUUUCAGUUAGCUGGAUUAACUUAAAAUAGAAGUCAUGAUUGUCCAAUAGGAAUGCUCCUCACCUAAACUAUUAUUGGGCAAUCAUGACAACUAGCUGAAGUUAACCCAGCUAACAGAGGAUCCCUGCUUCGUGGAACACCAUCAGGUCUUAAGUGAAAUUCAUGUCCAGUGUUAGCAGCCUAACCAAUGAAAUUCUGCUCCGAGAUAUUGUAUGAGAACGUGAGCUUGCUUAAUUUUACAAAAGGAUGAUCACUGUAAAUGAGGCAGUGGCUGAUCCGAGAUCUUUUGCCUUCUGUUAUGGGAAACCUUAAGAUGCCUUUUAUCCAUCUCCAUUUUUACUCAAUCAUUCCUUAGUAAACCCUGGGAUCAAUGUGCUUUUCAGGUCCCUUAACUUUCCCCGUUUGAAAAUGAAUGAUUGGCCUUGUACUGUGAAGGUAGAUUUGGUGGGAAAAUCUUUCUUUUCUUUUUUUAAUUGUAAUGAGGGGAUGUGGGACAUUUUGAAUGUUUGUUUUUAAGCUUCUUUUCUUUUAUUCUCCCACCCAUUCUGAAGUCUGUACUCUCUUCCACAUCAUUCUUUGUUUCUUCUUUUUUGUUUAUAUGCCUGAAUGCAGAUGGUAUCGUCAGUUCAGUUGUUAUUUCAGUGUGCGAAUUUAAAAUUAGGACUGGAAAUGUAGCCCAGCUGGCUCCUGGAAGGCCAUGCUGUAAAUCCUAUAUUUAAAAUGUUUUGGAAAUUGCAGAGCUUGCGUUCACCUGAAAAGGCCCAGUGUGGUUCACUUUAGCCACUGGUGGCCUGCUUGUGCUUUUCGUGUGGGGGGGGGCCAGUCUGAGCUCAUUUCAGCAUCACUACAGCAGCAUGUUCGAUGUACCUCCUGUGCCUAAUCGCACAACCGAUGCAAUAUGAACAGCACGGCGUGGGGAAGCGACCGGUCACAGAAAUGGGCCUCGCGCUCGCUGACGACGGCACCUCUCAGGGACACACUGUGGCCAGGGAAGUAGAUAACCAUCUCUGCUAUUGUCUCUCUUCCUAAACCGCCUUGGUUUAGCCUCUGUGUUCUGUGGUAACUUUAUUCCCUUUCUUAUACAAAGAGACACUUGAUUCCGUAUUUUCUGUGCCACUCUACCAUAGUGUGGUUUUUAAUUUAUUCUGCUGCUCUCAUGAUUAUCCACUCCUAUAGUCUUAAUUUUGAAAAUGAGCUGGGGGGCUCUGUCUUCUGAGAAAGGACACAAUCCCAACUGUGGGCGGGAACCUUUCGUCCUCUUGACCACAAUGCUGUGGGGGCAGGGGGGGGUGAUGUCUGUGGGUCUAGUUGCAGAGCAACGUAUGGUGCUGAACUCAGGCUUUAUGUGCUGAUUUAAAGGAAAUCGGUGAAUGUCCAUCAGAGGGCUUGUUUGGGUUUGGAAAGAAUAAAAUAGUUCAAUUAAUUCUUACCAUUUCCUGUAUUAUUUAAGAGGAUUAUCCUCUAGUGGUAAUAAUGCACAGUUGGCCGAGACACACAUUCAGUGGUUCCCUUUAGAAUAAUGAAAUUGGCAGAGGUUGUAUUAUCUCAGACCACUGUAUACAUGCAGAACAGUAUCUCCUGAUUCAGUUCUGCACAGCCAUGAUUCAAAGUACCGUAACUUUAUAACUCAGCAAUGUAAACAGACUUAUUAAUGGGGAAAUUGCACCAUGGGUAGUCAGUGUCAUCUAUGACGUCAUGCUGAUGCUGCUGACUCAUUUCCCAAACCACAUUGUUGUGCUGAAAUCCACAGAACAAAGAAAGAUAAACCCAAUAAAAAAAUAUUUAACUAA